CAAGUGUCCACUUGACUCCCACAAAGUGACUCUGCCACAAUUAGCAGCCCACGCCAUCACAUGGUUGCGUGCAUUGCGUCUCUCCAUAUAAUCCCGGCAUAGAAUGAGGGUCGCGCCUGGACGGUUAUGCACGAUAUUCUACAAGUCACAUUACCCACCUUGAACGAUUUACUAUUCACUGCUCUCGACCAAUACGAGCACACCACACCUACCAAUUAAGCAGACCGGCUACGAUACGGCUAUUUAACGGGCCAUAGACACCAUGAUGAGUCCUGGCAGACAGGGUUCUUUUCACGAUGCAGUGCUUACCCCUCCUGCCUCGUCCGUCACGACUUCACAUCAUCCCUCACCUCUUCCGCGCCCGCGACAACAUCCACUUAAGCCCGGCGGAGUCAAGGAGAGCUCGUUGAUCAGCUAUCUGGACCAGACAGUCAAGGCUGUGAAGAGGCGAUGGGCAAAGCGCAUGUUCAAAGACGAAGAGCUUGGACAAGGCGACGUGAAAGGAUAUCAUCAUUUCCGAGAAGCUGCAAAAGAUAUCGAGGACCUGGUUGAUGUCAUUUGGGUAUCUGGAUCUCCAAACCUCCAAACCCCCUACCUCCUCACAAUUGCUCUCAUGAUUACUGAUUUCUUGCCCGGCUUUCCUCCCUCUCCUCGCAUAACCUUCCGCCUCCUCGAUAAGAUGGACCAUGCCUUCUCCUCCCUUCUCCAAGGAAAAGACUCCGAUACUGGUGACAUUCUCCCUGGUUUUGAAAACGGGAGGAAGCUGAGUACGACGGAUAAAGUCAGGCUCAAGAGUCUUGUAGAGAGGACGAGGUUGACGGUCGUGGACGUCUUGGGUGACGACAACGCCGAUGGCGAGAAAGAAGAUGAGAGUAUGGGAGAGGGAACGGACGGUGAAGACACGGUGAAGUUCGAGGGCUUUGGGAAUGAGGAUGAGGAUGAGGAUGAAUGGGAGGAGAUGGAGAUUGCGAAGGUUUAUGAGCGGACGAUUGGGGAGUUGGGAGAUGUGCUUGGUGGUCCACCGAUUGGGAUUAUCACAGAUGAUUGAUGCAGAACAUUUCAUAGAUUGAAGGUCUUGUAUGGUUUCUGUGUUUCAUUUGGUUUGCAACAUGCAAUGUCGCUUAUGGCUCGAUGAGCGGCAGCGACAGCGACAGCAUUUUCUCAAGAUAUCCCAAAAAUUUUCGUCUCCAACCUUUUCUCUUCUCUUCAUACUGGUAGGCUCUUGCAAGAGAGGAACCAGACACGAAGUGGGCUGACAAGGAGGUAUGAUCUCCGUCAUCGGCUUUCAUCGGCCCAUGCCCGCAUAGCGGUCAGUGAAGGUUGCGAGGUGCGAUUCCACGUGGCUACCAUUCGAGGCAGCUGGUGAUAGAUGACGUAGCGCGUCUUUCACCACCCACACCCGACCAGACGCCAACGGCAACAAUCGCAAUCGUAGGCAUAAAAAAUCAUCGCCGAGUCAAUGCCACAAGCGUCUCCGCUCUUCCUUUC